UUAUGGAGACGUGUAUAAACCUGUUCUAAUUUACUUCCUUGUAACUGACAUUUUAGAAAAAAAAAAGGGAUAGACACAAAAUACAGAUGAUGUGACAAUUCCCUAAAUCAAAGAGGUCAUGUCAUCCAAUAAACCUUUACUAUGUGGACCUUGCCAUAAAGGAGAAGUAAACACGAAAGCUGACGUCUGGUGUUACAACUGUGAUGAAGGAUUAUGCUCAACAUGUUUAAGUCAUCACAAAAGAUUCAAAGCAACAUGUGAUCAUAAGACAAUUGAUAUUAAAAGUUAUAAACCAUCCAUCCAAGCCAUUAAAACAGAAUGUAACAAACAUAGUCAACGACUCAACUUGUACUGUCCCAGUCAUUUAAUGCCUUGCUGUGAUGAAUGUAUUUCAACCAGUCAUUCAAAAUGUACGGGAAUAAAAAGUUUGGCAGGUGUCGUAGAGAAAACCAAAAUUGCAAAAUCAAAGGAAACUGUAGAGACAGACAUAAGUUCUCUCAUAAAUGUUUUGAACAAAUUAAUAAGCAACAAAUCAGAAAACAUCAAAACGGGAGAAAAUCAAUGUGUAAGCAUAAAGAAAUCAAUAACAGAAAUUAGAAAGGAAAUAAAUAAACAUUUAGACCACCUGGAGAAGAAGUUAUGCAAAGAAAUAGAUAGUAUUUGGAAUCAGGAAAAAUCAAAUGCAACUGAUUUCAUUUCUGAAAUUGACAGGAAAACUAAAAGCUUGAAGAAAAUGAAAGAACAUUUACAAACAGUCACAACACAUAGUUCUAAACUACAAUCAUUUCUUGGUGUACAUCAGAUUGAACAAAAAAUACACCAAUGUCAAAGAUAUGUUGACGAUCUGGAAAUUGAUGAGAGCUUCAAAGAAGUUGACAUCAAAAUGGAACAAAAUGAUGAAAUAGAAAAGAUACUAAGCAAAUUAGAAUCAUUAGAAUCACUAGGAGAAGUAAUGGUUGUUAAGACAGAUGUAGUCAUGAAUAGAGAAACAAGUGUGAAGAGGGAAGCACAAGUAAAAUCACGAGAACAAACAAACAUAAACAACAUGACCAUGAAUAUUGAGACAAAGAUAGAGAUCAACAUAAAGGAGGUGAUAAGAGACAUGAUUUGUCUGGUGGAUGGAAGAGUUAUAGUUAUGGAACACUGGGGUAAAGUUAACCUACUUACUUCUGAUGGCAAACUACAGAAACAACUACCUAUACCUGGUAUAGCCUACAGUGUUACACAGAUCAAUCAGAACACUAUAGCCAUAACUUAUCCUGGUGAGAGAGCCAUUAAGAUCUUCAAUAUGGAGAAUGAAACAGUUACCAAAGUUAUCACGUUAAACAAACCAUGCUGGGGUUUAUCAUUCUACAAUAAUUCUCUGGCUGUAGGUUUGAAUGAAGAUGAAAUCCGUAUUUUAGACUUGGAAGGAAAUACACUGAAGUCAAUAAAAGUUGAGAGUAAAUCAGACCUGGAGUACCUUGUUUACUGUAAUGACAGAGUUAUCUAUAGUGACUAUCAUGGUAAAGCAGUAUACUGUGUGGAUGGAUCAGGUAAACAGAUCUGGCAAUAUAAACAGGAUUUACAAGGACCGACAGGACUUUGUACAGAUAGGCAUGGUAACAUUAUUGUAGCAGACUGUAAAUCUAACAGAAUAAUAGUAAUAUCAAAAGAUGGACAGAAUAGUAAAGUACUGAUGAGUCGAGAGAAUGGAUUGAUAUUACCGAGGUGUGUUUGUUUUAAAAAUAAUGAGUCUUCAGGUUUUAUUUGUGAUUUCCAGAGUAGCUUCUUAGUAAAAUUCAAUUUAUCUUGUGGAUAACAUAAACCAUGACAAAUUAAAUGCUUUCCUAUGACACUGUGAAGAUAAUAUACAUAUAACAAGUGGAAAUAUUUAGUAUGAAGUUGUGAAUGUGAGAGAUACUGUAGACAAAUGUAUGUUUGUAUUGUGUUGUUGGUUUACUGUCUAAUUAAUGUCCACAUCACAUAUCCUAAUAUUCCUAAGUGGUGAUAUUUGGUGUGAAGUUUUAAUGUGAGAGGUAAUGUAAACAUGUGUGUAGAUGUAUGAUUUUAAUAGUGUUGUUGGGUUACUGCUUAAUUAAUGUCCACAUCACAUAUCCUUAUAUUGCUAAGCAUUGCUAAGUAUGAUAUUCUGUGUGAAGUUUGAAUGUGAGAGGUAAUGUAGACAAGUAUAUAGAUGUACAUUUUAACUGUGUUGUUAGUUUAAUGUCUAGUUUAUGUUUAAACGUGUUGUAAAUCAUUGUGUGAUACCAUUCUUAAACCAACUUUUAUUAAACAUUUUUUUUAUGAA